ACAUAGAAAUACACGUCAUAUACACACACCUCUGAUCUGAUCUGAUCUGAUCUACUCUCUGGUUUCGAGUAAACCAUUGACCUCCGCAUCUCCGCCACCACCGCCACCACCGGCACUGCUAAUUCACCCCUCAUUCUUCCAAGGAUAUGAUGGGCUCUGACAAUCAGGGCUACGAAGAAGCCCGUCUCUACCCAACCAAAGACCAAAUCUCCGCUACCUUGCUCCAUCACGAACCCUCGCCCUCCGACGGCUCCAAUUCCUUCCACGAUCCUCUCUCUUCCUCCUCCCACUUCGUCGACAUCCCCACCUCCGAUCACCUCCACUCAACCGAAACCCCCAAUCCCACCCACAGCUCAAUCAAUUCCAUCCUCGAGCCUCCCUCCUACGCCGAUGCCGUCUUCCAAUCCUUCGACCUAGACUCCGUCGAUUCCCCCGCCACCACUGCUCCCGACCACUCCGCAUCCGCCUCCCCCAAAUCCUUCUCCACGAUCCUCAAAAUCUCCGUUUCCGAUCCCAAAAAGGAGCCCGGAGCCACUACCUACUUCUCCUACUUAAUCACCACUUUCACGAAUAUGCCUGAGUUCAGCGGCACCGAAUUCAACGUCAGGAGAAGGUUUAGGGAUGUUGUUGCGUUGUCCGAUAGGUUGGGGGAGAGCUACCGAGGGUUUUUCAUCCCCCUGAGGCCUGACAAGAGUGUGGUGGAGAGCCAGGUGAUGCAGAAGAAUGAAUUUCUAGAGCAAAGGCGCGCGGCGUUGGAGAAGUACCUGAGGCGGCUUGCAGCGCACCCGGUGUUGAGGAACAGUGAGGAAUUGAGGGUGUUUUUGGAGCCUUCGGAGGGAUUGCAGCUGUCGAGGAUCUCUGAUUCGGCUUCGAGGAUGAUUGAAGGAGCGGAUUCGAGCGAGGUGUCGCAGCCGGCCAAGGGUGGGAGGGAUUUUUUGUGGAUGUUUAAAGAGUUGAAGCAGUCUGUGGCAAAUGACUGGAGUGGAGCAAAGCCGCCGUUGGUUGAGGACGAUAAGGAAUUUCUGGAUAAGAAAGAGAAGAUGCAGGAUUUUGAACAGCAGCUCAUAAAUGUGUCUCAGCAGGCUGAAUCACUUGUGAAAGCACAGCAAGACAUUGGGGAGACCAUGGGCCAACUAGGGUUAGCUUUUGUCAAAUUAACCAAGUUUGAAACAGAGGAAGUUGCUCAGGAUUCCCAAAGAGCCCAUGCUGCAGACAUGAAAAAUGUGGCAACAGCUGCAGUAAAAGCAAGUAGAUUAUAUCGAGAAUUGAAUGCCCAGACAGUUAAACAUUUGGAUAAACUUCAUGAGUAUCUUGGGGUGAUGCUUGCUGUCAACAAUGCAUUUUCAGACAGAGCAAAUGCUUUCUUGACCGUACAAACACUUUUAUCAGAAUUAUCAUCAUUACAUUCAAGAAUUGAAAAGCUUGAAGCAGCUUCGUCGAAGAUAUUUGGUGGUGAUAGAUCGAGAAUUAGGAAAAUCGACGAGCUACGAGAAAACAUAAGAAUAACUGAGAAUGCCAAAAGCAGUGCAGCCAGAGAAUACGAACGAAUAAAGGAAAAUAAUAAAACUGAGCUGGAGAGACUUGAGAAAGAGAAGCAUGAUGAUUUUGUGAACAUGCUGAAAGGAUUCAUUGUUAAUCAGGCUGGAUAUGCGGAGAAGAUGGCUAAUGUUUGGGAGACAGUUGCUGAAGAAACAAGUGCAUACAUCAGAAAAUCAUAGAGCUCUUGUUAGUGUAAAUAUCAAUCACCCACCUCUUUCUUUAAUUUCCUUUCUUAUAUAUUUCUUACUUUUAGUUUUUUUUUUCUUCCAUUUCUUGUAUCUUCUAGAUUUUUCUGGAGAAAAGAAACAAAUUCUACUUAACCAUGUACCCAUUGAUCAUCGCAGUAUUUGCUGGAUUUAGAACUUGAUGUUGACAUUUCAUUAGUUAACCAAUAAAUCCUUGGCUGUUUUGUGAUAAAA